GACAUGAGAAGGUCUCACCUUGGUGUAUAGUAUAUCACGUGCCUAUGCGCACGAUUCGCGACUCACAGACGUCAUCAAAACAAAGCAGGAGAUUACCAAUGUUACCUUGUAAUUUCUCAACGUUUUGAUGAACUUGAUAUCUCUUUUAUUCGCGUAGUCAGUAAGUCAAUUGAACUUUCUAUCCGUCGUCUUAACAAUGGUUUCCCUCCGUAGCGGCAAAGUUUUGGAGGAAAGCAAUAAACAGCCAACGAAACCAGCCACGCUUCCAAGAGCUCCAGUCAGCAAAAAGCGGAAGGCUGAAGAAGCAGAGUCCACGGAGAAUGAGAAGGAGAAUUUGACCCCAGCGGCGGCUGUCGAACCGACAGUGAGUAAAAACAACGCAACUCCGCCACCUCCUGAGCCCAAAGAAUACGAGAGAACGCCUGGACGCAUUGGUCCCAUCAAAAAGAAAGAUUUCUCUAUCGAGCCAAACAUCAAGCCCUUCAAGGGUCCGCCUGGAAAGAAAGUCCGCAAGACAUUUGAGGAGAAAGAGGAAGAGUACGCGCAAUUCGCAAGGGAAAACGAGGGACAUUGUUUCCAUGAACUCCAUGUCUGCUACGCGAAAGGUCCCAAUGGCUCUCCGACUUAUGACAAGUCCGGCUUCGAACUCGAUUACCAGAAAGUCGCACGAUGGAUGAAUCCAUCCGCGUACAACAAAACUGCGAUGGUGAAAGGAAUGGACCGCGCAGUCAACAGGGCACAAAACGAGCAAGAACAGAUGGCCGAAAUAUUCUACGAGAAGGGCGAGGCUCCUAAAGGCACUGAGUACUUCCAAGCAGUGGGAAUGUGGAAGGAUCGAGUCUCGAAAGAUCUCAAUGUCCCUUGGCACAAAAUAGGCGUUGCACAUUUUCGAGAGUGGGAAAAGAAGGGAUUCAAGAGGGUUAGAAAAGGGGAGUACUUGAUUGUCCCGAUAGAACAGAGGGAACGGAUGACUCGGCUGCUGAGUGGAGCUUCGUUGCGGAAGUAAGAGGCAAGCCAAAGAAAGCAAGGAUUUAACAGGUAUGUACUGUACCUGCUGUAUAACACUGUACAAGACUG